UUGUACCAAGUGCAAUACCAAAUAUACUGAGCUAGCACUGCAGGCCUACAAGUUUACAAUGAACAACAAGCUGUCACGUAUCACCAGGCAGCCUGCCCCAUCUGCCUAGUUACAGUCAACCAUGCAUUAUCUCACCCUCUCACGUGUGCGCGAAACGCCACCGCAUUGGUCAUUUCAGACCGGGGGAGCGUUUUUGUUAUAAUUCAGGAAGAACCCUACUCCUUUCAAAAAUAGUUUUGUCAGAAUUACAUUAUUUUCAAAGGAAAUUAUUAUAAUCCUGAGCACUAUCGAGUGUGGAUAGUGAGCUCCUGUGUCGAGCAAAUAGAACACGUGAGUAGUUCUUGGUUCCCAUCACCUGCCAAUCAAUCACCAUUCCAGCCCAGCCACCCCACCUGUGUGGUCGGACAAGGUCUGGCCCGUUGGCAUGGCGAUGAUGGAGGAAGGGGCACGGAGCUGCCUGCUUCAGUCACGCUCCAGCCUGGAGCAGGACAUCAGGGCUUCCUACCUGAUGGAUCACAUGAUCAGUGACGGUGUGCUGACUGGGGACGAGGAGGACAGGAUCAGGAGCAAGCCCACCAGGAAAGAGCAGGCGGCGGCCCUGCUGGAGCUGCUCCUGAGGAAGGAUAACCAGGCCUACAUCUCCUUCUACAAUGCCCUGGUCCGCGAGAGCUACGGAGACCUGGCCAGCCUGCUCCACAACAGCCUGCCCCUGGUCUCCCCUGAGGCUGAGAAGAGCUUCUCAGAUGGUGGCACCCACUAUGUCCAGGCGGUGCUGAGUGAGGGCGGUGUGCCCCAGAGACCCGUGGUGUUUGUGAGCCGGCCAGCCCUGAUGAACCGGGUCAGGGAGAAGCUCUACCGCUUGCAGAAGGAGCCCGGCUGGGUCACUGUGUUCGGCAUGGCUGGCUCCGGCAAGUCUGUCUUGGCUGCGGAGGCAGUCCGAGACCACGCACUCAUCACAGAGUGUUUUCCGGGAGGAGUCCACUGGCUGUCCAUAGGCCAGCUGGACCGGUCUGAUCUGCUGGUUAGGAUCCAGUCACUGUGUUUCCGUCUGGAGCAGCAGAGCCAGGAGAAAGACCCCUCGUCCUCCCUCCACCGACCUCCUGGCUCUCUGGAAGAGGCCAAGGAGCGACUACGCUUCCUCAUGCUCCGUCGUUACCCCAGGUCGUUGCUGAUACUGGAUGACAUCUGGGACAGCUCGGUGCUCAAGGCCUUUGACAUCCAGUGUCGAGUACUGCUCACCACCCGAGACAGAAGCCUAGCCGACUGUGUCAGCGGUUCUAAGUCUGAGGUGGCAGUGGAGAGUGGACUGGAGGAGGAUCAGGCCUUGGAGAUCCUCGCCCUGUAUGUCAACGGGAAACCCCAGAGACUCCCAGAACAGGCCCGCAGCAUUGUCAGAGAGUGCAAAGAGGCUGCAACAUCAUUAAUAUAGACCCUUCUACCCAGAGGCUGCAACAUCAGUAAUAUCAACACUUCUACCCAGAGGCUGCAACAUCAGUAAUAUCUACCCUUCUACCCAGAGGCUGCAACAUCAUUAAUAUAGACCCUUCUACCCAGAGGCUGCAACAUAUGUAAUAUCUACCCUUCUACCCAGAGACUGCAACAUCAUUAAUAUAGACCCUUCUACCCAGAGACUGCAACAUCUGUAAUAUCUACCCUUCUACCCAGAGGCUGCAACAUCAGUAAUAUCUACCCUUCUACCCAGAGACUGCAACAUCAUUAAUAUAGACACUUCUACCCAGAGGCUGCAACAUCUGUAAUAUCUACCCUUCUACCCAGAGGCUGCAACAUCAGUAAUAUCUACCCUUCUACCCAGAGACUGCAACAUCAGUAAUAUCUACCCUUCUACCCAGAGACUGCAACAUCAUUAAUAUAUACCCUUCUACCCAGAGGCUGCAACAUCUGUAAUAUCUACCCUUCUACCCAGAGACUGCAACAUCAGUAAUAUCUACCCUUCUACCCAGAGGCUGCAACAUCAGUAAUAUCUACCCUUCUACCCAGAGACUGCAACAUCAUUAAUAUAUACCCUUCUACCCAGAGGCUGCAACAUCAUUAAUAUAGACCCUUCUACCCAGAGGCUGCAACAUCAUUAAUAUAGACCCUUCUACCCAGAGACUGCAACAUCAUUAAUAUAGACCCUUCUACCCAGAGGCUGCAACAUCAUUAAUAUAGACCCUUCUACCCAGAGGCUGCAACAUCAUUAAUAUAGACCCUUCUACCCAGAGGCUGCAACAUCAUUAAUAUAGACCCUUCUACCCAGAGGCUGCAACAUCAUUAAUAUAGACCCUUCUACCCAGAGGCUGCAACAUCAUUAAUAUAGACCCUUCUACCCAGAGGCAGCAAUAUCAUUAAUAUAGACCCUUCUACACAGAGGCAGCAAUAUCAUUAAUAUAGACCCUUCUACCCAGAGGCUGCAACAUCAUUAAUAUAGACCCUUCUACCCAGAGACUGCAACAUCUGUAAUAUCUACCCUUCUACCCAGAGGCAGCAACAUCAUUAAUAUAGACCCUUCUACACAGAGGCUGCAACAUCAUUAAUAUAGACCCUUCUACCCAGAGGCAGCAAUAUCAUUAAUAUAGACCCUUCUACACAGAGGCAGCAAUAUCAUUAAUAUAGACCCUUCUACCCAGAGGCAGCAAUAUCAUUAAUAUAGACCCUUCUACCCAGAGGCUGCAACAUCAUUAAUAUAGACCCUUCUACCCAGAGGCUGCAAUAUCAUUAAUAUAGACCCUUCUACCCAGAGGCUGCAACAUCAUUAAUAUAGACCCUUCUACCCAGAGGCUGCAACAUCAUUAAUAUAGACCCUUCUACCCAGAGGCUGCAACAUCAUUAAUAUAGACCCUUCUACACAGAGGCUGCAAUAUCAUUAAUAUAGACCCUUCUACCCAGAGGCUGCAACAUCAUUAAUAUAGACCCUUCUACCCAGAGGCUGCAACAUCAUUAAUAUAGACCCUUCUACCCAGAGGCAGCAACAUCAUUAAUAUAGACCCUUCUACCCAGAGGCUGCAACAUCAUUAAUAUAGACCCUUCUACCCAGAGGCAGCAAUAUCAUUAAUAUAGACCCUUCUACACAGAGGCAGCAAUAUCAUUAAUAUAGACCCUUCUACACAGAGGCAGCAAUAUCAUUAAUAUAGACCCUUCUACCCAGAGGCUGCAACAUCAUUAAUAUAGACCCUUCUACACAGAGGCUGCAACAUCAUUAAUAUAGACCCUUCUACCCAGAGGCAGCAAUAUCAUUAAUAUAGACCCUUCUACCCAGAGGCAGCAAUAUCAUUAAUAUAGACCCUUCUACCCAGAGGCAGCAAUAUCAUUAAUAUAGACCCUUCUACCCAGAGGCAGCAAUAUCAUUAAUAUAGACCCUUCUACCCAGAGGCAGCAAUAUCAUUAAUAUAGACCCUUCUACCCAGAGGCAGCAAUAUCAUUAAUAUAGACCCUUCUACACAGAGGCAGCAAUAUCAUUAAUAUAGACCCUUCUACCCAGAGGCUUCAACAUCAUUAAUAUAGACCCUUCUACCCAGAGGCUGCAAUAUCAUUAAUAUAGACCCUUCUACCCAGAGGCUGCAAUAUCAUUAAUAUAGACCCUUCUACCCAGAGGCUUCAACAUCAGUAAUAUAGACCCUUCUACCCAGAGACUGCAACAUCAUUAAUAUAGACCCUUCUACCCAGAGGCUGCAAUAUCAUUAAUAUAGACCCUUCUACCCAGAGGCUGCAACAUCAUUAAUAUAGACCCUUCUACCCAGAGGCUGCAACAUCAUUAAUAUAGACCCUUCUACCCAGAGGCUGCAACAUCAUUAAUAUAGACCCUUCUACACAGAGCCUGCAACAUCAUUAAUAUAGACCCUUCUACCCAGAGACUGCAACAUCAUUAAUAUAGACCCUUCUACCCAGAGGCUGCAACAUCAUUAAUAUAGACCCUUCUACACAGAGGCAGCAAUAUCAUUAAUAUAGACCCUUCUACCCAGAGGCUGCAACAUCAUUAAUAUAGACCCUUCUACCCAGAGGCUGCAACAUCAUUAAUAUAGACCCUUCUACCCAGAGGCUGCAACAUCAUUAAUAUAGACCCUUCUACCCAGAGGCAGCAACAUCAUUAAUAUAGACCCUUCUACCCAGAGGCUGCAACAUCAUUAAUAUAGACCCUUCUACACAGAGGCAGCAAUAUCAUUAAUAUAGACCCUUCUACACAGAGGCAGCAAUAUCAUUAAUAUAGACCCUUCUACCCAGAGGCUGCAACAUCAUUAAUAUAGACCCUUCUACCCAGAGGCUGCAACAUCAUUAAUAUAGACCCUUCUACCCAGAGGCUGCAACAUCAUUAAUAUAGACCCUUCUACACAGAGGCAGCAAUAUCAUUAAUAUAGACCCUUCUACACAGAGGCAGCAAUAUCAUUAAUAUAGACCCUUCUACCCAGAGGCUGCAACAUCAUUAAUAUAGACCCUUCUACCCAGAGGCAGCAAUAUCAUUAAUAUAGACCCUUCUACACAGAGGCAGCAAUAUCAUUAAUAUAGACCCUUCUACACAGAGGCAGCAAUAUCAUUAAUAUAGACCCUUCUACACAGAGGCUGCAACAUCAUUAAUAUAGACCCUUCUACCCAGAGGCUGCAACAUCAUUAAUAUAGACCCUUCUACCCAGAGGCAGCAAUAUCAUUAAUAUAGACCCUUCUACCCAGAGGCAGCAAUAUCAUUAAUAUAGACCCUUCUACCCAGAGGCAGCAAUAUCAUUAAUAUAGACCCUUCUACCCAGAGGCAGCAAUAUCAUUAAUAUAGACCCUUCUACCCAGAGGCAGCAAUAUCAUUAAUAUAGACCCUUCUACACAGAGGCAGCAAUAUCAUUAAUAUAGACCCUUCUACCCAGAGGCUGCAACAUCUGUAAUAUCUACCCUUCUACCCAGAGACUGCAACAUCAUUAAUAUAGACCCUUCUACCCAGAGGCUGCAACAUCAUUAAUAUAGACCCUUCUACCCAGAGGCUGCAACAUCAUUAAUAUAGACCCUUCUACCCAGAGGCAGCAACAUCAUUAAUAUAGACCCUUCUACCCAGAGGCUGCAACAUCAUUAAUAUAGACCCUUCUACCCAGAGGCAGCAAUAUCAUUAAUAUAGACCCUUCUACACAGAGGCAGCAAUAUCAUUAAUAUAGACCCUUCUACACAGAGGCAGCAAUAUCAUUAAUAUAGACCCUUCUACACAGAGGCUGCAACAUCAUUAAUAUAGACCCUUCUACCCAGAGGCUGCAACAUCAUUAAUAUAGACCCUUCUACCCAGAGGCAGCAAUAUCAUUAAUAUAGACCCUUCUACCCAGAGGCAGCAAUAUCAUUAAUAUAGACCCUUCUACCCAGAGGCAGCAAUAUCAUUAAUAUAGACCCUUCUACCCAGAGGCAGCAAUAUCAUUAAUAUAGACCCUUCUACCCAGAGGCAGCAAUAUCAUUAAUAUAGACCCUUCUACACAGAGGCAGCAAUAUCAUUAAUAUAGACCCUUCUACCCAGAGGCUGCAACAUCUGUAAUAUCUACCCUUCUACCCAGAGACUGCAACAUCAUUAAUAUAGACCCUUCUACCCAGAGGCUGCAACAUCAUUAAUAUAGACCCUUCUACCCAGAGGCUGCAACAUCAUUAAUAUAGACCCUUCUACCCAGAGGCAGCAACAUCAUUAAUAUAGACCCUUCUACCCAGAGGCAGCAAUAUCAUUAAUAUAGACCCUUCUACACAGAGGCAGCAAUAUCAUUAAUAUAGACCCUUCUACCCAGAGGCAGCAAUAUCAAUAAUAUAGACCCUUCUACCCAGAGGCAGCAACAUCAAUAAUAUAGACCCUUCUACCCAGAGGCUGCAACAUCAUUAAUAUAGACCCUUCUACCCAGAGGCUGCAACAUCAUUAAUAUAGACCCUUCUACCCAGAGGCUGCAACAUCAUUAAUAUAGACCCUUCUACCCAGAGGCAGCAACAUCAUUAAUAUAGACCCUUCUACCCAGAGGCUGCAACAUCAUUAAUAUAGACCCUUCUACCCAGAGGCUGCAACAUCAUUAAUAUAGACCCUUCUACCCAGAGGCUUCAAUAUCAUUAAUAUAGACCCUUCUACCCAGAGGCAGCAAUAUCAUUAAUAUAGACCCUUCUACCCAGAGGCAGCAAUAUCAUUAAUAUAGACCCUUCUACCCAGAGGCAGCAAUAUCAUUAAUAUAUACCCUUCUACCCAGAGGCUGCAACAUCAUUAAUAUAGACCCUUCUACCCAGAGGCAGCAACAUCAUUAAUAUAGACCCUUCUACCCAGAGGCUGCAAUAUCAUUAAUAUAGACCCUUCUACCCAGAGACUGCAACAUCAUUAAUAUAGACCCUUCUACACAGAGGCUGCAAUAUCAUUAAUAUAGACCCUUCUACCCAGAGGCUGCAAUAUCAUUAAUAUAGACCCUUCUACCCAGAGGCUGCAACAUCAUUAAUAUAGACCCUUCUACACAGAGGCAGCAACAUCAUUAAUAUAGACCCUUCUACCCAGAGGCAGCAAUAUCAUUAAUAUAGACCCUUCUACACAGAGGCUGCAACAUCAUUAAUAUAGACCCUUCUACCCAGAGGCAGCAACAUCAUUAAUAUAGACCCUUCUACCCAGAGGCAGCAAUAUCAUUAAUAUAGACCCUUCUACCCAGAGGCAGCAACAUCAUUAAUAUAGACCCUUCUACCCAGAGGCAGCAACAUCAUUAAUAUAGACCCUUCUACCCAGAGGCAGCAAUAUCAUUAAUAUAGACCCUUCUACCCAGAGGCUGCAACAUCAUUAAUAUAGACCCUUCUACCCAGAGACUGCAACAUCAUUAAUAUAGACCCUUCUACCCAGAGGCAGCAAUAUCAUUAAUAUAGACCCUUCUACCCAGAGGCUGCAACAUCAUUAAUAUAGACCCUUCUACCCAGAGACUGCAACAUCAUUAAUAUAGACCCUUCUACCCAGAGGCUUCAAUAUCAAUAGUCAAUUUGAUCAUCUAAAAGUUCAGAGAAGAAGAAAAAUUGUAUUGAGAUUUCUUAAACUACUAAUUCUCACAUUUGAACUCAAUAUCUAAAAGUAUUGCACUUUAGCAGAUUCAACUUCUCAAGAGCUUGAUGGUUCAUUGAUUUUUUGUGAUGGUGUUGGGUUGGAACACAAAUGUGCUGGCUGCACUUUCUUCUCCAUGACAAAAGAUUCAUAAAAAAAUAAACCAAUAUUUUGAGCGAGCUGUCUUGACCUGGUGUACUGUGGAUCCUCUGCAUUCAGCUGCACCUUUCUCUGUUGGGCAGGUGCUUUUUCUCUGUCAGAACAAUGGGUUUCACAAAACACCUAUUCAUUUCUUUUUAUAGCUUCAUUUGUAUAGUGGUUAUGUUCAGUUCUCUCUUACUCAUUUGACUGAUGUCCUGCUGGUAUGAGUCUGUCAGCCUGUUUUUGUUUUUCUGUCAAAAGCCCUUAAUGCCCACUGAAAAUUCUGUUAACCUUCAACGACUUGUAGAAUUCCAUAAUAAAUCAUGAAAUAAAUACAAAUUCCAUUUCUGUUACAUCUCAACUCUUAAAAAAUAAAUAAAAAA